AUGGCUAUACCCCCUCCCCCGGGUCCGCCACCACCACCAGGUCCUCCUCCACCACCUACAAUGGGUGGUUUAAAAUUGGGCGGAGGUGCUGCCGGCGGUGCUGAUCCCCGUUCUGCAUUAUUACAAUCCAUACAAAAGGGUACAAAAUUAAAGAAAACCACAACGGUAGACAAAAGUGUUCCUGCCUUGGCGGGUAAAAUAUGUGAUGGUGGUUCACCUAAACGUCAAACUACUGUGGGAUCUAAUAAUAUAAGCAAUAACAAUAAUAAUAUAGGCAAUGGAGCCCCUAAAUUGGGUGGUCUAUUUGAGGGUUUAACCUCUAUGCCGAAAUUGAAACCGGUCAAUGGUAGUAGAACACCCGCCUCAAGCGUGGCAACGUCUGCCAAUAAUCGCAGUAAUAGUCCUCCAUCAUCUAAUAACACCUCAACUACAGCUUCAUCUAAUAAUGGUCCUUUGGAUUUUAAUGCUGAACUAACGAAACAUUUAACUUUGAAACGUCAAAAGCAACAACAGUUGCAACAGCCAACAUCAACAACAACAGCUCCACCGCCACCACCUCCUCAAACACAUAUCAAUGCUACCGAAGCUAAUUUGAAAACAAAUAGAGGACCACCGCCACAACCACCAUCACAGCCUCCUAAAAAUUUAUCAACGAGUACUUCCGAUUCUCUACUAGAAAAGAAUAAAACCAAUGGAUCUUCAACAAAUGUACGUUCAUUUAUAUUUUCCAAUAAUGAAGCUUCUUCAACAAAACAAUCACCACCACCGCCACCACCUACAAUAUCCGAUAAAUUUAUGGAUAAAAUCAAUACGGGCGGUAGUGUUCGAAGCAAAGCGGCCAAUUUGAAUAUGACUUUAGGGAAUAAUAAUGUAUUUGUAAAUAAUAAUAACAACAACAAUAAUAAUAAUACAACAACAUCAACAACAUCCAUAAAUUCCCAAAACUAUAACCAUAUGAACAACAACAGCCACAGCAACAACAGCUUAUCGUCAUCAUCGUCGUCGUCAUUGGUCACAUCAUCGGUUGCAUCUGGUGGAUCAUUGCGUAAUUUAGCACCCAAUAGAUCAACACUAUUUGGUGGUGGUACUGGUAAUAGUGGUGGCAAUAGUAGUUAUAAUAGUAAUGGUAUUAUUGAUAAUACCACCAACACAGUCAGUCCAUCGGCCUCAGCUUCACCCUCACCACCCACUAAAUCACCAUUGCCAACGUUGAAACCAAAUCAUGGCAAACCAAAUUUUGCCCCCAAACCACCAGGUUUGCAAAAAUUGGCUUUGGCUAAUAAUGGUCAAAGACCGGGUGUAGCUCGUCAUCAUAGUAUGAAAUCGCCAAGAUCACCCCCUAUAAGCGCUAAUACUGAAGUAGGAGGUAUAGUAUUUCCCACACAACAGCAUUUUGGUACUAUGCGCACACCUUUUGCCCAAUCACAGGAGGCCAUUAAUUCAGGUUUACGCACAGCACCACAACCGCCCUUGGGUCGCCCUACUGUGGCUCCUCCCAAACCUCCCAGCGUUAAGCCACCACCACCCCCCUACACCAGCCCGCAGUACUUCCAUUCAAAUUUAAAUCUCUCAUCUACUUCUGUAUCAUCAUCGAAUGCCGCUGGUCCCAUAAGUGCCGUUAACACUGCUCUCAUUUCACAGGCUAGCAUUUCCUCAUCACCCUCAUCGACCCAACCACCCUCCACUUCUUCGUCUACGAACAGUGUGUCUGCUUUAAGAGAUCAAUUCCGUUCGGGUGUAACUUCAACUCCUCCACCACCACCUCCACCUUCUACGACAACGAAAACAACGAGUAGCCCUUUAAGCAGUAAUAAAUCACCGAAGCCCAUUAUAUUGAAUGGGGGACCCAUCAAUGCACCACCAUUGCCUCCGCACAGAACAUGCCCGGCACCGCCACCACCACUCAGACAGACAAGUAAUAAUGUAAGUUGGUAA